UACUGUUUAACGCUGCUGUAUAAAUAAUGGUAACAAUGAUGCCCUAAAAAUGAUCCACCAUCAUCCAGAACCAGAGAAGACGGCUUCGCUCUCGCCACUCCCUUAAACCCUACUUUUUCAAUAUAUACAUAUCAAUCGCCUAAACCCUAGUAGGAGGAGAGAUAUAAACUUAAUAACGAUGUCGGACGAAGAAACGAAGGAGGAGAAGGAGCUUGAUCUCAGUUCUCCCGAAGUUGUUACCAAAUAUAAGAGUGCUGCUGAGAUCAUUAACAAGGCGUUGCAGUUAGUAGUGUCGGAAUGCAAACCAAACGCUAAAGUCGUAGAUAUAUGUGAGAAAGGAGAUGCCUUUAUUAGAGAGCAAACCGGGAAUAUGUAUAAGAACGUAAAGAAAAAGAUCGAGAGGGGCGUUGCCUUCCCAACGUGCAUCUCCAUAAACAAUACAGUUUGUCAUUUCUCUCCGCUUGCCAGUGAUGAAAUGGUUCUGCAACAAGGUGAUAUACUAAAGAUUGAUAUGGGAUGCCACAUAGAUGGUUUCAUCGUUGUAGCUGCACACACUCAUGUCCUCCAAGAAGGGCCAGUGAGCGGUAGGGCAGCUGAUGCCAUUGCAGCUGCCAAUACUGCUGCCGAAGUUGCUCUAAGGCUUGUGAGACCAGGAAAAAAGGUAAAUGUGAUUCAUUUUUGGAGGACAAGUUGUUUAAUUUCAUUUAUUUAUUUAUUUUUCCAUUUAUUCUUUUGCUCAGGUGCUGAAUAAGUUGAAUUUUUCUUG